AUGUGGUCUCCACGCUGUGAAGAGAGUGACGCGCGGUUUCUGCGAUACUGGGAAAAAAGGGAGGAGGCGUUGGUGUCGUCAGAGUGGCUGUCGCGCUCGGAGCUAAACGCCCGCGCGCAUGUGGCGUGUGGGCGACUCUGCGAGGCGCUCGCAUCGUCGCCCUUGGAAAUCGCAGGAAAAAUACUUCAAACCUGCGCCCCUGGCGCUCACGAGAGGCUGAAAAGAAGAGAGACCGCGGGCGAAGACGCGGAGACGCGAACGAACUCCGACACCACCGAAGAAACGGGAUCAUCGAGCCGAGAGGCCACAACAGACAGCGCAGAUGGACCAGCGGAGCGGCGCGACUCGCUUUGCGGCGUAGGGCGCGAACAUACGAACGGCUGGAGCUGCUGCGAUUUUCAGCAACACUUGAAAGGUGUACGCAUGGCGCACUACAUGACCAGCAACAGACUGGAGGAAGUCGUGCUUCGCCUGGCGGCUUCAGUCUCUGGCUACGUUCCGGUCACUCUCAACUGGGACGCAGACAACAUCGAGCGCGUCCUCUAUAAAAUCUACUCCACGCACUGCAAAGCCGUAAUCGUCGACGCCGGCGUGCCGGCUGCGAGCCUCGACAAGCUCUGCGAAGCCGCCGCAGAGGGAGGAUUAAAAGAAACGCUGCAAACGUGUCAAGAGCGUCAGGAAGCCGCGAUACUCGAGGCGCUUCGCGAAUAUGUGAAGUGCGUGCCGGGCGGCUGGGCGCCUGCCUCUGGGGGACUCAGUCCAGCCGCCGUGGCGCCGCGAGCGACGCGCGUCACACAGAGAGCGAAAGAGAAGAACUCGCGGACGGGCUUUCACCCGAGCCGCGUGCGGCCAGCGCAGGCGGCGCAGGCGGACGAGAAGAAGACGACUCCGGCGACGAAGAGUGUCUGGUGGGUCCGGCCCAAGCUCGACCAAGACACGCGCCUCACCCUCGUGGUUCUGAACCCCCUCCAUCACGUAAAUUCUUCCGUGAUGCUGCAGCUCGGCCUCAGCUUCCCCCGCGCAAAGAUCCACCUGAUCUCCAAGUACACCACGUCGUACUGGUCAGUGCUCUGCGAGAUCGCGGAAGCCGCGGAGGCGGAGUCUAGCGAACGCAAUCCUGGCGCCGGCCGGCCUGCGCACAAGCGAGAAGAAAGGUCUCCGCCCUUCCGCGUCCUCGUUCCACUCGUCUCGCGGCACAUCGAUUUCUUGCGAGAGCUCGCGCAGCGCUCCGCUCUCCCUCGAGGCCUCUCUGUGGAAAGGCUGGCGAGCGCGCUCCAGCCGAAAGGUGUGGUGCUGCUGCUCGGCUCCGCGCCAGUAGGCCCCGCGACCCUCGAAACGUUUGAAAAACUCCUUGGAACGCUGCCGGUGAUUCGCUUCGGCUCCACGGAGACCUGUCUGCAGGUGUUGGGGACCCCCUUUGACCUCGGAACAGAGGCCAUGCACCGGGCGCUGGAACGCGGCUGGAGCCACAAGUUUCGCGGCGAACGCCAGGUGGGCUUCUACAUCGGGAGGCCUCAUCCGCCGAUGACAGAAGUUCAGAUCGUGAAGAGCGUCGACCCCGGCAGCCCGGAGUUUUUGGCCCCGUGCGAAGAAGGCGAGCCAGGGUUUCUGGUCUGUCGCGGCGCUAACUGCAUGCGGGGCUACGUGAAUUCUCCCGAGGGCACGCGCGCGGUUUUUUCGAAAGAUAGGUGGUACCUGGGCUUCGGCGACAUCUGCUUCCUUCUGCGCGCCCCCGAGGGCACGCAGAAAAAAGAGUCACCAACCUGCGACUACUACUGGGUCACGCGCUCCGCAGAUCUUCUCAUCAAAGGCGGCGCGAACUACUCGACCCUUCAAAUCAGCGCAGAUCUCAAGAGGUUUCUGCUGUCGUGUUACCGAGGCCAGCUGACUGAAAACCAGGUCGAAGUAGCCGUCGUCGGAAUGAAAAUCUGCAGCGAGCACGAAGACAGCUGCUGCGUGACGCUCCAGCUGAAACCUCCAAGCGAGACGCAGGCCGGACAUAGGCCUCCCCAAGCGGCAGAAGGAGGCUGGCACGCAGGCGAGGAAGGCGAAGAGAGAGAAGAAGAGGCGUGGCAGACUCUGUGCGCCGAUAUCGAGAAGAAUUUCCUCGCUCGCGCGCGACAGAGCGACGCCACGAUGCUGCCGAAGGCCAGCCGCCCCGACUUCCUUCAACUAGGCCCGAUUCCAAAAAACUUUAAGGGUCUCGUGGAUCUGGCCGCCUUGAAAAAAAGCUUCGAGCACCUGAGACACGCGGAAAACUAG